AUGGACGCCGGCACCUCCGUUGGCAGCGCCGUCGCAGCCACCGUUGCCACCCACGUCGCCGCCGAGGACACCGCCGCCGAGGGCGCCGUCACAGCUGCCGUUGCCACCCACGUCGCCGCCGAGUCACCGUCACCACCGCCGCCUAGGGACGCGGAAGCCACCAGCGAGGUCGCCACACCGCCGCCGCCGAAGGGGAGAUGGGCAGGGUCACCGGAGCAGACGGUGCCGCCACCGCGUCCGCCAAGGCUGCAGAGGCAGACGUCGUGCCCGGUGGCAGAACCGCCCAAACGGCCCACACUGAUGCGCGGGUUCUCCCAGGAGGCCGCCUGGGUGGAGCAGCAAGGACUGCAGCAGCAACAACAGCAGCAGCCGCAGCAGCAGCGCAAGCGCAAGGUCGGCGCGGAAGGACGCGACCAGCGGGAACAGCCAGGGGCGAAGUGGAGGCGUCGGCGCUCGUCGUCGGCCCUCCAGCUACUGGCGUCCCCGUUGGUGUCGCGGUCCCCGUCGCCGGCCUGGCGAGACGUGUCGGAGAAGGAGGUGUCCUCCGACGGCCCCGCCGGUGAGAUGGUGACGGUGGAGUUGUCGUCGACGGAGGACGACAGCGACAGCGGAGAGACGGUGACCCCCGUGGUCUCCUCAGACGAGGAGACACCCGGUGGGCAAACCAGGCCCGGAGGGGGUACCGUCGGGUGA